AUGCAUGUGGCCGGACUGAUUUUGCUGGCCGCACUGGCCUUUGCGGAUGGCAGCCGAGUUUAUACGCCGGGGAAUUCGGCCACGGCCCGGCGGAAGGCUCGACUCGCCGAGAUUGAAAAGUCCUUGUCUUCCAUGGCUUCGCUCCAGGCGCAGCAGGAGGAGCAGCUCGCCAAGACGGCGGAGCAGCUCGCCCAAACGAGAAAGCUCUUCCAGAUGUUGCUGGAGGCAGGUACACCCAAAGCAUCGGAAACGCACGCACGCAAAGAACUGUCAAUCCCAAUGCCGGAGAUCAUCGUGGGGAAAAUGGGCUUGGGAGACUUCGUGAGGGAGCACCAAGAUCAUAGUCAGAACCGGGUCUGGAACCAAAAGCACCAUCAACAGGACGAGGAUGCGGAAGCGACUGAGAAACCCAUCGUGGAGACGAGCGUGCCGCCUACAACGACCACCACAUCCAUCACCACCACGAGGGGGCGGCCUCCGGCCAUUUCUUUGAAAGAGGCUGCCAAGCGAGGUGACGUGGCGGCCCUCGCGCAGCACCUCCAGGCUGGUUCCGAUUUGAAUGCCGAACUGGACUAUGACGGAUAUAAAUUGGGAUGGACCGCGGCGCACUUUGCCGCGUAUAACGGCCACGCGGCGGCGCUGAAGUUCCUCCACCAGGCGGGCGCCAACCUGAGCGCGACAACCAUCUAUGCAAACACGCCGGCCUUCUUUUCAGCCCGGGAGGGGAAGGCAGAGGCGCUGGAGGCACUGGCCAAGGCUGGGGCCGACCUAGAGACGCCCGACAAUCAUGGACGGACCCCUGCGCACGCUGCCGCUUCCGACGGCCGCGUGGACGCGCUGCGGGUCCUCAUCCAGGCGGGCGCCAACCUGGAUGUGACAGACGAAUAUGGUGAAACGCCGGCCUACUUGGCAGCCAUGUUUAAUAGAGCAGAGGCGCUGGAGGCACUGGCCAAGGCGGGAGCCGACUUGCAGAAGACUACAGUUGGUGGAUGGACCCCUGCCCACGUGGCCGCUGGCAACGGCCAGGUGGACGCGCUGCGCGUCCUCAUCCAGGCCGGUGUCGACCUCAAUGCCAAGAACGAGAAGGGAGAUACACCGGCCGACGUAGCAGGCCAUGAGCAUCAUGAUGAGGCACGGAAGCUGAUGCUGGAGGCUGGGGGAAAACGAAGCAAAGAAUCGCCAAUCCUGGAUGAGGGAGAAGCCGAACGUGUCGGACACGAGCAGGACGAGGAUGCGGAAGCGACUGAGAAACCCAUCGCGGAGACGAGCGUGCCGCCUACUACGACCACCACAUCCAUCACCACCACGACGAGGGCGCAGCCUCCGGCCAUUUCUUUGAAAGAGGCUGCCAGGCGAGGCGACGUGGCGGCCCUCGCGCAGCACCGCCAGGCUGGUUCCGAUUUGAAUGCCAAAAUAGGUGACGGCUACUGCAAGGGAUGCACCGCAGCGCACUAUGCCGCGCAUUACGGCCACGCGGCGGCGCUGAAGUUCCUCCACGAGGCAGGAGCAGAUUUGAAUGCGACAAACGCGGAGGGCUGCACGCCGGCCUACGAAGCAGUCCGGGAGGGGAAAGUGGAGGCGCUGGAAGCACUGGCCAAGGCGGGAGCCGACCUGCAGAAGUCGAAAGAAGGAACGACACCGGCCCACUUGGCCGCUCGCAACGGUGACGUGGACCAGCUGCGGGUCCUAAUCCAGGCAGGUGUCGACCUCAAUGUCCUAGAUCGUGAUGGAAGAACACCGGCCGAGAAAGCAAAGGGUGAUGAAAAGGCACUGAAGUUGAUCCUGGAGGCUGGGGGCAUGAUUUCUUUGAUAACGGCAGCCGCGAAUGGCGACGUGGCGGCCCUCGCGCAGCACCGCCAGGCUGGUUCCAAUUUGAGUGCCGAAAUUGGGGGGCGCCGCUACUCCACGGGCUGGACCGCAGCGCACAUCGCCGCGUAUCACGGCCACGCGGCGGCGCUGAAGUUCCUCCACGAGGCAGGCGCCAACCUGGAUGCGACAGACGAAUAUGGUGAAACGCCGGCCCUCGUGGCAAGCAACAAGGGGAAAGCAGAGGCGCUGGAGUUCUUGGCCAAGGCGGGAGCCGACCUGCAGAAGCCGAAGACUUCUGGAUGGACCCCCGCCCACGCGGCCGCUUACUGGGGCCGCGUGGACGCGCUGCGCGUCCUCAUCCAGGCCGGUGUCGACCUCACUGCCAAGACCCAGAAGGGAGAUACACCGGCCGACGUAGCAGGCCAUGAGCAUUAUGAUCAGGCACGGAAGCUGAUCCUGGAGGCUGGAGGCACCGUUGCUUUGAAAGAGGCUGCGGCGCGAGGCGAAGUGGCGGCCCUCGCGCAGCACCUCCAGGCUGGUUCCGAUCUGAAUGCCAAUAUAGGUGACCGAUACCACAGAGGAUUUACCGCAGCGCACUAUGCCGCGUAUUAUGGCCAUGCGGCGGCGCUGAAGUUCCUCCAUGAGGCGGGCGCCAACCUGAACUUGCAGGCCGAAGGAUACUUCGAUGCUACACCGGCCUACAUGGCAGCCCAGGAGGGGAGAGCGGAGGCACUGGAGGCACUUGCCAAGGCGGGAGCCGACUUGCAGAAGACUGCAGUUGAUGGAUGGACCCCCGCCCACUCGGCCGCUUGCUGGGGCCGCGUGGACGCGCUGCGCGUCCUCAUCCAGGCCGGUGUCGACCUCAAUGCCAAGACCGCGAACGGGGAGAGACCGGCCGACCUCGCACGGAGUAAGGGUCACAACGAGGCACUGGAGGUGAUCCUGGAGGCUGGGGGCAAACGAAGUUAA